AAAACGAUUUUUAGCGUAUAUAACAUGUCUUUGUGUUGUUUAUCACUUUGACACAGAAUAAACUUCGAUAUAUCGAAAUCUUUUACAUCUGUUGUGGCAAACAAGCCAUUCAAAAUAAUCUCAAUAUUACAACAAAAUUAGAUCAAAUGAAGACUGAACUUGAUUUACAGAUAGUCUGUGCGGAGAAGCUUUCAAUAUCACAUACCUGCCGAACCUGCCUGGCCACUGAUCCCGGCCAACAAAUGACCUAUAUCUUCGGAACGGAGCUAACCGGCGAUUCAACUUCUGUUAUUAUUUACGAACUGUUGUUACUUUUAAAGCAAAACAUUUCGAAAGAUGAUGGUUUUCCAACAAAAGUCUGUAGCGUUUGCUUAGCCCGUUUGAUGGCCAUCGAAGAUUUCCGAAAGCAUUGUGAAAAGGUCCAAAUAUAUCUUCAGCAGUAUUUUGUUGCUGAACAAACGGCAUUACAGCAAAGUGAACCACCAAAGGCUGAGGAUUUGAGCGAAUCGGAACAUUCCAAUUUAGAUGCAUCAUGGCAUGAUCAGCCCGAAGUCAAAUCAGAGGACGCAGAUCAUUCUGAUGAUAGUGUUACAAAACCAGGCAGUAAAUCAAAGGAUGACGUUGAGUUCUCAAGUGACUCGGAACAAGAUCCCUCGUGGGAACCUGAUAUUGAUAAUAAACGAGACAUUGAAGGAGGAAAGGAUUCCGACAAACAUAAAACUGGAUUGAAAUAUAAAUGCCAGGUUUGUGAAAAAUCGUUCAAGUACGUCCGUUGCAAGUUGAAGCAUGAGAGGUCUCAUUUUAAAAGAAAUGAAUCAAAUAAAUACCUGUGCAACAAGUGUGGUAAAGGUUAUGUCCAUGAAGGUAGCCUGAAAUACCAUUUGAAGAAACACGACAUGACCGAGAAGUACACCUGUGACAUAUGCCAUAAACAAUUUUUAACGAAGACCAACCUGAAAGCACACAUUACGGUGCAUUGUAACGUUAAGCCUUAUCAGUGUGAGCAAUGUGGCAAAAAGUUCAGGCAGAGGGGUAAUCUCAAUUUCCAUUUGGCGAUACAUAAUGCCGACAAACCACACAAAUGUGAGUUUUGCAAUGAGUCUUACCGUAAAAUUCGAGAUCUACGACGACAUCAGUUGGUGGUCCACGGUCAAACAGAGUUAACCAUUAAAUCACUGCAUGAACAAGAAGAUUCUGGUGAUGAGCUAGCGAUUAAACCGGAGGUACUGCAAAAAAAAGGCACCAGGAAAAGGGGAAAAAAUCGUCCGACGUACGGAUGCAAUUUGUGCAGCAGAACGUUUAAGGUGCCGGCAUCGUUGGCAUCGCAUAUUAAAACACACAGCGAGGAGAGGAAAUUUGUGUGCAAAGAGUGCGGCAUGGGGUUCAAAAAACCGGAACACUUGAGGAUGCAUAUCGACGGAGUUCAUUUGAAGAAGAAAGCAUUCAGCUGUGAGGUGUGUAACAAAUCUUUUGCUCGCAUGGGUGACCGUAACGUUCACAUGCGGUCGCACAGCGAAGAGCGAGCCCAUCAGUGUUCGUAUUGUGGUAGGGGUUUCCAUCUGGCCAAGGCGCUUCGAGCUCACAUGAGGGUGCAUACCGGCGAAAGACCAUUUGUGUGCAUUAUAUGCAAUGCAGGGUUUACUAGUUACAAAACUCUGGCGUUUCAUACUCAGCAGCAACAUCCAGGAGAUCAAGUUCUUGCAAAAAUUGACGAAAUAGCACACCACCAAUAGAUGCAAACGGUUCACACCUACCUUGAACGUAAGUAAAAUUGAUCUACAAAAUCAGUCACGUCGGUGUGAGCACAAUAAACUUCUUUUUUCAUAA